AUGGGAGAGGUGCCGAAAGUUUUCAAUAACCAAGUGUCGAAUGUCGUUCUUCACAGUGAGGACGGUGGUACCUUUGGCGACUUGCCUGCACAUAACAAUGUCCCACAAUCCGAUCAAAACAGCCCAGCGAUUGCCGACGACCUAGCACUGUAUUACAAGCAUGUUUGCAAGAUCGAGCAACUGAACCGUGCGUUUUAUUGA